GUGCUUUGAAAAACCCCUGUUCCGUUAUGACGUGAAAAGUGUGCAACUGAUUUCCCCAUGUAUUAGCAACAUCCAACGCAUCUGCACAUAAUUUUCUCCGGAAUUAAUCGCAUUUUAAGUUCACAGUGAAUUUGAUUUACAGGAUGAUAAUCUUUUUUGUUCACAUAUGUUUGAUUGGCAAAAAGAGAGCCUGAGAGUUUGGUAUGACGGGUAAAAUAACACGAUCAGAACGCGUGCGUGCGUCGCUUCAAAACGGUGGUUUUCGGAAUGUGACCGAAACCAGCGCCUAAAUCUGUAGCAAGUGGCAGAAGCCGUGGAAGUUAUAGAACCAUAACUGCCAGCCAUUGUCAUUGUGAAUCAACUGCGGAACCGACCCGACCAAACAGAAAAGAUUAAGCAUACACCUAUCAUUGGUAUCGAUAUGGCUACCAACACUAGAGCCAGAAGAACUGGGGCGAAAAAUCUUGAUGCAGAACUUCAAAAAGCGCGGAGAAAAGACGCCGAUAGCCACGCCGAAACACAAAAACCACCAAACAACGGACGAAUCGAUCAGAAAAACCGACGGCUAAUCUGCAAACUGCGCAAAGCUGGAUACCCUCGGAAGGAUAUCGCGGAACGCGUGGGUAUCGGUUUGAUGAAACUGAAAAAUAUCCUGACUAGAGAGAAUUGUUCCCUGCAAAAGAAGUGGACUGAUGACGAGAAGAAGGAAAUCCUGCAGCAAGCAGAUAAAGCAAAAUAUAACAUUGCCCAAAUUGCAAGGCAGUUCAAUAUGUGUAGGUCGACCGUGAAACGAAUGCAACGCUUGGCCGAACUGACCGAAGAGCAAAGGAAAACCAUCCUCGAUUUGUUCCAUCGCGGCUACUCAAGAGCGCAGAUCGUGUGCGAAGUUAACGAAACAGCUGAUACCGUAGCUGCUGUAAUUGAAAAUGACAGGAUGAGGAGCUAUCGGGAACGAUGCCGACAAAAAUAUCAGGCGCAGCGCACAGCUGUCCUGAAACUGCGGGGAGAGGGAAUGUCAGGGAAUAUUAUAAGGCAGCAGCUUAAAAUAAGCUGGUUCAGACUAAAGCAGUUAGAGACGCUCAGCCAAGAACCGACCACAUCGAGUGCGGGUCCGCUGAGCAACACAAAGAAUGAUCCCGCACUGGAAUCCGAUGAUGUCGAGGAAGAGCAAGUCGUUCAGACACCGCCAGCCAGUGAGAACCGCCUCAGCGAUGCAGUACAAGGAUGUCGAAGGUCGGUUAGAUUGAAGAACAGGAUACAUGGCGAUGGUGAUGUCGAGGGAGAGCAGGUUCAGACACAGCCAGCAAGUGAGGAUAGCCACAAAAAUACAAGGCUAGUAUGUCGAAUGCAGCUUCGAUCGAAGAUUAUGCGACUUCCUGAUGUCGAAGGAAAGCAGGUCGUUCAGAAACCGCCAGCAAGUGAGGACAGCCACAAUAAUAUAGAACAAGGAAGUCGAAUGUCGGUUUCAUCGAAGGACAUGCGACAUGGUGAUGUCCAGGGAGAGCACGUCAUUGACACACUGACAGCCAGUGAAGACAGCCCCAAUAUUACACAGCAAGGAUGUCGAAGGUCAGCUCGACUCAAGGCCAUGCAACGUGGUGAUCCAGGCAGUCAACGCAAACCUGCUUGUUAUUUUGGCUACUACAACAGCUCUUCGUCUGCCCAUGACCAAAGAAUCACAGCAAAGAUUAAUGCACAAAUACCUGGUGAAAUCAGUGAAGACGAAGAUGUUAGAAAGUUACCGAAGUACACAUCUCAAGCAAUAAUGAGCUCGGAUUCUGAGGAAAGUCAAACUGUUACUGCUGUGCACAGCCACCAAAUCCUGAGCGUCAGCACAGUGGAUAUCCAGCGGCCGCAACCGUACUAUAGCGAAGCCAGUAGCGCUCCAAAGCGUCAGCAUAACGUAACGGACAACGAACCGUCUGUCGAAUCGACCGCUAAUACGUCACCGGCUUUGCCAAUCCCGAUCACACAAACGCUCCCAAUUGAGACGAACUGGGACGACAGCCACUACCUCGCGCAGCAGCCCGUUGUUUCGCAACUGCACAUACAGGGAUACUCCUGUGCAUCAGCAAUGCAGCACAUUGAUGUCGGCCUCCAGUCAAAACACACCCCUUUGCGCGCUGUCAGUAGCGACGCUGUUGAGCGGGAUUUCCACAACAAAGAAUCACCGGCGAUUUUUCAGCUGCCUCGUGCUCAACCUUCCACUGCAAUAGUUGAGGACGACACAUGCGUAACUCCGGUAGCUACGCUAUGUCGGUUGGAAGGCGUCGGUAAUAUCGAGCAGCGGACACCAGAAGCAGCUGUUGAUCACAUCACUACGGGGCCGUUCCCAACUCUGCCCGAACCUGAGGGGAUGCCAUCUGAAGAUCGACAACAGUCGUAUGUAACUUCAGAGAAGGAGGAUUCAAUCAGCGGUCAAACAAGGACUGGUGACGCAGAUUCAUUACCAAAUGACAACUGCGCUGUCGAGGUCCACUCUCCACACUCUGAAAACGGAACAGCAGGAACUGAGGAAAUCAGAAGCAGUGACGACUGCCGCGUCAUUGAGAGCCAGAAAGAAACUACGGCUUCCGUGUGUGCGAAUAAUCGUUGGCUUUCGCUCGAUGAUUAUUUCGGCAUGCGAUAUUACCAACAGAACGCUAUGCCUGAGGAUGAUCACGUGGCAACGGAAGUACCGGAAAAUAUUUCGUCUGGCACAAGCACUGAACCGGGAGAGUUUGCGAAUACAGCUACCCUUAUGACGGGAGUAUCCGCUGACAACACCGCUCCACAAUCACAGGAGAUGGCGAACAGGGAAAUCAGUCAAAAUCUAGAAAUGCAGUCCAUCAGUUUGAAACUCUGCCAACAGGGAUCUUCGUCUGAAGCAAUGAAACAGCAUCUUGCUGUUUGCUUCCUGUCCGACACCGCAUCCAUGCAAGAUGACAGUAGAGUUGACGAAGGGCAGGACAACAACUACGAAGAAGCAAACCCAAUCGACCAGCUUAGUAAUGCUCAACCUUCGACUGCAAUUCGUGACACUGAAUCAUGCGUUACCCCGGUAUUCACAUUCUCCCCGUUCGAAGAGGAAGAUGCUUUCGAUACCGAGCAGCAGCAGUCGGAUGCAGUCGAAGAUUCAACUAUUACGGACCCGAUCGUAUCGCCUCGACCUGAGUGCAUGUCAAGUGAGGGCCUCCAACAGCCAUAUCAUCCGUCCGAGCAUAUUUCAGAAGCCGGCAUAGAUGUGGAAACUGACACAAUACAAUUUCCCUCCAGCGAAAUUUCCGUGCAUCCAACUUCCAGUACUUCGCUGAGCCGCUUCAGGGAAGCGAAUUCCGAGAUGUUGUUACUUUCGCCAGAAAAUGCGACCACGAGUAGUGUUCGCGCAAGAUAUCAGUGUCAUAUUUGUCGCUUAUCUUGCGAAGAAGAGGAUGCAUUCCUAUUACAUUUGGCAGAGAAGCAGCACGCAGAGCUUUUUGCCACCGGGGUUUUUCUAUACUGUACAAGAUGCAAGUUCAAAACCAGGAAACCGGCAACGAUGGGCAAGCAUAUUGUCAAGUAUCAAUCGCAAAGUACGCUGCAAACCAGUGAUAUACAUUCUGUUACAACUUUCCAUUGACUUAAUUCAACCGCAUCAUGUUUCUGUACUAAAAGUGUAACACACCAGUUACGGAUUCUUCUAUAAACAGUGGCACUACUUACUCCACUUAUUACGGACGAAGUUCAAGACAUAAUGCUUGCUGUCUGUGUAGUUAAAUAUAAUUGUUAUUAGAGUGGUGUUCAACGGUAAAUCGAUAAACUAUCUGCAGUUUUCGGACUACUCUAGUCUAAUUCAAUCAAAAAUUUUUCGUGAUUACAGACAUAAAUCGAAAA